UGCCGACCUUGAUGCCGUACACAACGAAUAUCUCAACAUGUUUUUUACAAGUUGUCUGAAGAGCACGUGGUUUUCAGAAGCUAGUAUGCGGUUCGACAUUAUAUCAGAAUUGCCAGUGGAGAUAUCGAUGAUGAUUUUUCGGGAUUAUCUAAUUGGAGAAGAUAUUAACACUGCUUGUAAAGUGUCAAGAAGAUGGAGAAGGUUUUGCUUGAAUGACAAACGUUUAAAUUGUAAAUUGAAAUCUUACCGAAGAAACAGAGAAAUUGCCAACAGAGGCUCACGGUUUUACAAGCUUUUUAACGAUUCAGGUUCCCUGAAGAAAAUGAAAUCGAUAUUGAAGAAAAAGAAGAAACGCCAUUAUUCCACCAAAGAAACAAUAAUACUUUGUUUGAGAUAGCCAAGUUGGCUGUUCUAAUAAUUACC